GCGGUGGACUGAACGACGCAAGAUGCUGCGACACAUUGCUCUGGUGUGCCUGGUGGCAGCGGCCUCCACCAAACAGGUGGAGAAACGGCAGGUCGGCCAGAGCUACGGCGCGCCGGCCGCCGCGGCGGGCGGCUUCGGCGCCGCGGCUGGAGGCUUCGGCGCCGCGGCUGGCGGCUUCGGCGCCGCCCCCGCCCUCGACACCUCCUUCAACGGUGUGGGCGUGGGCGGCGGCGGCGGCGGCGCCGUUGGCGGGGGUCUGCGGGGCGGCAAAUGCCGCGACGAGACCAAGUACAUCCUGACCUGGACCAAGGCCGUCAUCCCGGUGACCGUGUACGACACGCGCACCGAGUUCCUGCCGACCACGCUCUACAAGUACGUGACGGAGACCGAGUAUUACCCGCAGACGGUGGUGCAGCUGGAGACGACGACGCGCGCCGGCGGCUCCGAGUAUCAGGAGGAGACCAAGAUCGCGUACCGCACCAACACGAUCGAGGUGCCGCAGAUCGAGACCGUUACCUCGACGCUCAUCUUCACCGAGGACGAGCAUGAGACCGUCACCGAGACGGACACGUUCACGCAGACGCAGGCUCAGCAGUACGCUGUCACCGUCACCGUCACGAGCGUGCAGCGCGUGCCACAGAUCCAGACGUCGGUGACAACCGAAUACCAGACGCAGUACCAGACCCAGUACGCCACCAACUCGUACGAUGUGGUGCAGACGGAGACCAACAACCAGCCCCAGGUGCAAUACAUCACCAACACCGUCACCUCCACCAACCGGCAGACCGUCGAUGUCACGCGCACCCAGCAAAACGUGCAGACCGUCACCAAAUGCGCCCAGCAGCAGCAGCAGGCGCAGCCGCAGCCGCAGCCGCAGCAGGGCUACCCCCAGCAGCCGCGCGGCAACUACUAGACACCAGAGCAGUCGCACAUCUCGCAUCAACUCAGUCCACCUAGACUAAGUCAUUAGGUUAAGGCCCGCGAAUUCCCAUGCUGUGAUAUUGUUGUUGUUGACCGGAAUGUGGGGAGAAGUGUUCCGCUGGUCGGACCAGUCCCCCGUCGCUCCUCGUGUCGUGUGCGAGUGUCCAGUGCCAGCUUGACGCCAUCAUUUAGCCGCUCGCGGUCGACGCAGUUCGAAACCGCUGUAGCUCUCGCUAUGGAUGUGUGAUCUAUUAUCGUUUAGUCGACCCAAGGUAAAGAACAGCUGAUUGCCCACAUGAGAUACUCGUACGUGUAUUUAUGUAUUAAUUAUUCCUGUACAAAGGUUUUUGUAAUAAAUGAAAACAACUACA